AUGCAGGUGAGUGUCGGGAAGUCACUGGGGACAGGUGCUGAUGCUGCUGUCAGUUCACAUUCUGUGAUUCUGAUUGGUGGAAACAGAUCUCAGGUGGAUGAUCCCGAAACCACCAGACAGCAGGUGGCAGAGAAACCUGCAGGAGUGAGAGCGCUCAGGACAAUCAUGAUGUCGCCGGAUGACCGAGCCCUCGAGGACCUGUUGUACAGCAGUGACCUUGGUGAUGAGGUGGAGGGGGCGGAGCUUAACGCCACCCCGGAGGGUGCAGAGGAGAGGGCUGCUGCUGCAGACAAUGCUCCUGCAGCCGUGUCCAUCCAGGAGCCGAUGAUGUGCACCGGCUGUGGCGAGCAGAUAUGCGACCGGUUCUUCCUGUUGGCUGCGGGCGGGGUGUGGCAUGGCGCCUGCCUCCGCUGCAGCCAGUGUCACUGCGAGCUGCAGACGCACCCCUCGCUCUACUGGAGGGACGGAAACAUCUACUGCCAACAGGACUACUGCAGGAUGUUCGGAGGCGGUCAGUGCGCUCGCUGCUUCCAGCCAAUCCCGGCGUCCGCUUUGGUCAUGAGGUCUGGUGAUCUGACGUUUCACCCUCACUGCUUCUCCUGCCAGGUGAUCCACAGAUCCACAGAUUGUGACGUCAAACUGAUUCCAGGGAACUUGUACUGCAUGCAGGGUCAGAACAUCUACUGUCAGUCUCAUUACCACGACGACGGGAGCUUCACGCUAACAGACGACCAGCCCGAACAAAACACCAAAGACGCUCAAAAUCAGGCUUCAGCUGAAGGGGAGGAGUCUGUCAGCAGCCCUGAGCCACGAUUGGAUGACAGGGGAGCAGGUGAGCGGACCCGCAGGAGGACCAAGAGAAUCAGGACGUGUUUCCGCAGCGAGCAGCUCCGAGCGCUCGAAACGUAUUUCGCCCAGAAACACAACCCGGACGGGAAAGACUGGACCUGCCUCGCACACAAGACCGGCCUGCCCAAGAGAGUCCUGCAGGUGUGGUUUCAAAACGCUCGGGCCAAACUGAGACGCUCCCUCAGCACUGAGGACUCCGGGGUGAACUCACCCUCCGCUCCCCUGAGAGGUGUUACCAUGCCAACACGGUCCCCGCCCCCAAACUGCUCUUCAUUGGACCAAUCACGUCCCUUCCCCAACAGCACCAUCGACCACCUGCAGCUCUCUCUGCUCACCUCCCCGCUCAGCGACCCACCUGUGAGCUCGGCCUUCAACCAGCCUCAUCAGCUGCUGCAGAGCCCAGACUUCCUCCUGGACUACGACUCUCAGAGUGCACCGGGGUGUGCCUCCUCUCUGGAGGCCUACGAGGACUUUGGAGAGGCAAGAGGAGGAGCAGAAGGAGUGGUUGAUCCUGAGAGUAGUUUUAGGCCACAGUACUGCUAA